AAUGUCGCAUUCAAUGUAUUUGUUACAAAUUUUUGUGAUUCUAAGUAUUGUUUGUACUGUGAUUUCUCAAAGAUACAAUGUGUGCGGUACUUCAGGAUUAAGAUAUGUGUACAUAAAUGAAGAAUUGGAAUGGGUGGGUCUUGGAUGGGCAUGGACAUCAGAAACACUUAGAAGACACAAUGUUACGAUAGAAAUAGUGUUCGCAACAGUAAAGCCAUCAGAUCCCAAUAAUUUGGGAUCUAUCAAAAUACUAGCUUUCGUUCCAACCCCGAAUGAUUUCGAUGUACCCAGAUGGAAUAUGGCGUACGAAUGGAUAUUCCCAACACAGAAUCCACUACCGGAUGUACUAGAUAUAAUAUGGAAUGGUGAUAGUAUAUGUAAUAGUACUGGUAAGUUAGGCAAAUCUUGCAUUCUACAGUUUUCUAUUAGUAGAUUAAUUUUAUAAUUUAUUUAGCUGUGAGAACUCCUGAGAAACCUUAUGUAGUAAGAGUACAGGCAGUCUACAAUGAUUACACAAAGGAAAGAUCGUUUUCUGCUGAAAUUAUUGAAUCCCCAGAAACUACAACAACUCCUGCUCCAAUAUCUCUAUAUGUAAAUGAUGAUGAUAGGUGAGACAAACCAAAUUGGACCUUGUCAGGUUAAACUUGUUCACAAUGCCAAACUUGUAGUGUUUUUGCAUAUUAUUAAUUUUGUUUAUUUAUUUUUGUUUUUCUGUAUGUUUUUAUUCAAAAGAAUGCCUCAAAAUAGAUAUUUAUCAAAAUUGGUUUAGUAACAGAUGUUAUAACCAGACACUGCAAACCUUGCAUUAUGUUAGAUGAAUAGAAUUUUCAUUUCCCUUACUUAUUGCAUAAAAAGAUUAGGAAACCUACACUCAUAGAACAAACUCCCGUUUUAUCACCGCAAAGUGAUAAAUACAGAAUUCUCUUAUAUGAAACACCACUUUUGCAGUGAUAAAUACGGAAUUUUUUCUAUGAGUGUAGGUUAAAAUUAUCAUUUAUUUUUCAGUGAAACUGUGGGAUGUGGUAGAGUAGAUACAUCGAAUAUUUAUGUGCCAUUAGUUUUGGAAGGACAGACUAUAGAAAGAGGACAGUGGCCAUGGUUGGUCUCAGUUUACUCUUAUUCAAAUCUGAAAUUAGGAUUCCAAUGCGGAGCUACACUCAUCUCUAAUAAAUUAGUUGUAACGGCUGCUCAUUGUUUCUUCGAUGUCAACAACCGACAAGUAAAGUCAGAUGAUGUCCUCAUUAUACUAGGACAGUAUAACCUUAAAAGACCCAAAGAUGAAAGAACAAAAAUCGUAUACCCGGAAAGCGUCAACAUACACCCAAAAUAUCAGAAGCUCAACAAAAUUCACUCAGACAUUGCAGUUGUUGUUAUACCUGAGCGCGUUCGUUUUACAACUUACAUCAGGCCUGCUUGCCUCUGGAAGGGUCCUGAAACGAAAACUAGUCUUGUUGGGAAGACGGGAUUUAUUGCCGGGUGGGGUCGUGAUGAAAAUGGAAACUUCUUCACGGAACUUCCGAAACAAAGUGAGAUUCCUGUGAUUUCAGACGAAACCUGCUUACGCUCUAAUGAAGCUUUUGUCAGAAUUACUUCGGAGGUGACUUUUUGCGCUGGAUGGCGCAAUGGGACGGAAGGUCCUUGUAAUGGUGACUCGGGAGGACCUCUUGUUUUUGAAAGGGAUGGCCGUUGGACUCUAAGAGGAGUUGUUUCAACAUCUCUGCUCACUGACGGCAGCAAUACCUGCAAUCUGAAUGAAUACGUCGUUUUCACGGACGUAACACAGUUUACAGACUGGAUUACUUCUUUUGAUACAGAUUAUUCAUAUUAGAUGAUAUAAAAUAGCUAUCUGGAAUCUAUUUUUUUGUCAUUUCAUUCGAGUUUUAUAUGUUUCUUUUUAAUUUUAAUUGCAUUUGAGAUGUAUUUUGGAUUUUUCACCAAAGCACGAGAUCUCACUCAGGUGGAGUUUAUAACGGCCGAAGAAAAAAUCGUAUAAAUGUAUCAUUUAUGUCUCACACUAUUCUUGUUCUUGGCGUUUAAUUUAAACUGGUUGGGGAAGUUUUGAAACUUUAUUAAUAAUUUUAGCUUUGAUUUUUCUUACCUGUUUUCCAAUGUAAAAUGCCAUGGAUACUUUUGUAUCAAUGCGAAGCUCUUCAGUAGUGAUUUGGACGCAGACUUUUAACAUCAUAUUUGUGCCAAAUUGAAGAUCUUUGUGUGAAUUUCAAUGAUUUUAGUGAAGUUUUUAAUAAUUUUCGGGGCUUUUCAUUGUGCAUUUGCACAGAGAUAUGAUGUUUGUGGUGAUGCGGGACUGAAAUUUGUGUAUAUGAGUGCAGAAUUGGGAUGGGUUGGCAUUGGUUGGGCAUGGAUUCGUGAUCUGGGAGAUAUCCGAAAGGUUAAUCUGUAUUUAGAAUAUGAAUCAUCAACAGAACCUGAUCCUAAUAAUUUAGGAAAACUACAAAUUUUGAAUUUGAUACCACUGAUUAAUCCAAAAAAUGAAAAAAACUAUAAUAUGGUCUAUGAAUUUAUUCCUCCGUCUCAGAAACACAAAACAAAUAUUACGAAAAUAGUUUGGAAAGAUGUAAUACUCUGUGAUCUAAAUGUAACAAAGCCAUAUUUGGUUAAAAUGCACGACGAGUACAAUUUCUACACAAAGGAACAAAAGUUAAGAACAGAAGUGGUUAAUAGAUUAACACCAAAACCAACAGUUGAACCUGUUCAAUUGAAUUCUAGCACAGAAGAUUAUGAUGACAGUGAGGUUGUUGGAUGUGGUAGAGUUGAUACAAGGAACAUUUAUGUGCCAUUAGUCCUUGAAGGGCAGACUAUAGAAAGAGGACAAUGGCCAUGGUUAGCUUCAAUCUAUUCGUACUCAAAAUCGAAAUUAGGAUUCCGAUGUGGAGCUACACUCAUCUCUAAUAAGUUAGUUGUAACGGCUGCUCAUUGCUUCUUUGAUGUCUUCAAUCGAAGAAUCAAUUCAGAUGAUGUCCUCAUCAUUCUAGGACAGUAUAACCUAAAAAGACCACAAGAUCAAGGCAGCGAAAUUGUUUAUCCCGAAAGUGUGAAUAUUCACCCAACAUAUCGGAAACUAACAAAAAUUGAUUCAGAUAUUGCGGUUGUUGUUCUGGCCGAAAGAGUUCGCUUCACUCACUACAUUCGUCCUGCAUGCCUGUGGAAGGGUCCUGAUACUAAAGACAGCAUUGUUGGGAAGAGAGGACACAUCGCUGGGUGGGGACGUGAUGAACAUGGGAAUUUCUUUUCGGAAUUACCCAAACAAAGUGAAAUUCCCGUAGUUUCCGAUGAAACAUGUCUACGAUCCCAUGAAGUUUUCGUCAGAAUUACAUCUUCAGUAACAUUCUGUGCUGGAUGGCGCAAUGGGACGGAGGGUCCUUGCAAUGGUGACUCAGGAGGGCCAUUUGUUUUUAAAAAGGAUGGUCGUUGGACUCUAAGAGGUGUUGUGUCGACGUCAUUAAUUACUGAUGGCAGUAAUACCUGCAAUCUCAAUGAAUACGUCGUCUUAACAGAUGUUGCUCAAUUUACAGAUUGGAUUACUUCUUUUGAUACUGAUUAUACAUAUUAGGUUAUAAAAAAAUUGUUUCUUUUAUAAUUUUUUUUUCAAACGUAUUAUUAUGAAAUCUCAUUUUUUAUUCUAUGAAACGGAGUCUUCUUGGAAAAGAUUCCUCAUUGCCUUCCCCUGUAAAUGACUGACGAGGGGCUAUAAUAAUAAAUAAUGGGACUAUGAUGGGUUAAAAAGGGGCUUCUUCGUAAUGAGGCCACGUGGCGAUUUGCUAUCGACACACAGCGCAUCAAAAGCGUCCACCAUCCGUGAAGUAUGAUAAGAAAUUUUGAAACUUUAAUAUCUUUUCACUUGAUUCUCUCUUCCCUUUUUUGCCUAUUUAGCCCAAUGUGGUGGAAGAAUAUAAUUCAGCGUGGUGUUGAAAAUUUUAAAUUGGUGUUUUAAUUUCCUCCCAAAGCCUCUUUGGAGAGAAAAAAAUCCCAUAGUCACAUGAAUGUUAAUCGCCGUAGCGCAGGAUAAAUAAUUUAGGAAAAAUGUCAUCUUAGUGGUUUUAUCUCAAACGACAAAUUUUUUUCCUAGUCUUUAUGGGACUUUGGAAAUUUAUUGUGAAAAAGAGAGAAGAGAGGCUAGUUUGGGAUUUUUACCUCAACUUGAAAGAGAAGUUUUUUUUUGUUAUAAGAGAAACUUUAUGUGUCUGGAAGAUGAAAAGAAAAA